GAGUUAUGCGUUAUGGAACGUCUUGUUUUCCCCCGCAUAUCGACCACAAUGUCGACAAGUUAAGGUAAGACUCGCAGCCCGUUGCUAGGUAGGUACGUUUUACGAGAGGUCUUUGCACUAUCUGCGCCAAGAAUCGACGCCCGAUCGGGUUGGCUCCUCAACCGGAUUACAUCCAUCGUUAAAGAGCUCUAUUGUCUCAUGCGCGUUUAUUUGUUAUGCAUCAAACUGAACCUUUUACGAGCCCCCCCGAAACCAUUUUGUUACGCGGACGUGUUGUUCCGCCCGCAACGCAGUUGUUUAUGGGCGAUCGUCGUUUGUGCUAGCCGGGUAAGUAGAACUUUGAUAGAUUUAUAGCUGUAAAUGAGAAAUGACCGUUAUGUAUUUUUAGUUUUUCUAAUGCACCAAAAGUUUUAACUGUAAAGUUUCCUCAAGUUUGAUUGCUAAUCGCUUUUUUUUGCUAAUUGAGUGGCGGACUCUUUUUCUUUGUAUAGGCAAGUGUCAGAUGAUGGCGACUAGUUCUUUUCUCCGUGAGAUAGGGAUGUUAUAGGCUGACGACGUUUUGCGGUUGUCGUCGACAGCGAAACCUGUUAUGUUCACGCUUGAUUUCCCGUUCGUAACCAAGCAGCAGAAGACCAGUCAUUACACCCAUUAGAGACAACGUUCACCACAACACCUUGCCGGCUAGUGGUAGAGAAAAAAAAAGAAGCCGGAAAGUAGGAACGGAAGAGGAUGAAAGAGAAUUUUUCAGUUAUUCUACGGCCGGACCACUGGCCAGACGUUUAAUCGACAAGUUCUCGCGGACAAAAUCGUUAAAAAGAAAACAACAUGACUUCUACUAUGAACAAGAAACAGAUUUCCUACGUGGUGGCUGGUCUUGUUACCUCGAUUGCAUUGAUUGCAUUUUGCAUCUGGGCAGGCGUCGGCGGAUUUUUCGACAGGUUCAGUCAUUCUCAAAAACAAAAUGAGACGUCGGAACCAGUGAUGUCGAUUAAAGAUAGAAGAGGAUUCAUUUUCAGUCGAUCGUCUGAUCAUCCGGAAACUGUUCGAAUUAUUGCCAGUGUCGCUACGUCAAAACCUGUGCCCAUCACCCACCCCAAUGUUUCCUCAUCUUCCGGGGACCAUUUGGCUAAAGUUCAGCGUUCUGAAACUAUGGCGACAUUAGCCAACGAAGGAUCUAGCCAGUGGGCUCAACGCCAGCAUUUAACCCCGACGCCCAAAUCCUUUUUCGACCUACCCGACUCCCGAGUUUGGGGCCCUGCCUUGGUGCAGCAGCAGAGCCGAACGGCGAAUCGAAACAACGAACGCUCGGAUCUUUUUUACCAGCCCGUCGAUGAGUCUAUCAGAAACUGGGAUCACGAUUCUUUCAACAUGAGCAAACUACUCAACACUGUCAGCCGCAUCUUUGGCGUCGACUUGCAAGAAGAAGAUCCUCACGUGAAAGCCAACGAGAAUGCCAUUAGCGCCGAUCGCUCUUCCUGGGUGACGCUGAGUUAUUUGAGUCUCAGCAUCUUUCUUCUUCGCCAAAUGGAUCGACUCUUGAAGUUGCAAUCGGAGCCCGUCGAUCCGCUCCUGAUGGAAGAAAGAGGCCGAAGCAUGAGCAGCGCACUACAACCGUGGACUUACAAUAGUUUGAACUUGCUUUUCACCGAACCCAGUAACAACACGGACGUGGAAAAUGUAGUCAACAACGCGGCCGGUGAAGAUUCGGCCGAUGAUUACCUCUGGGCUGCUCACAAUAUCCUGAAAGCUUCCAAGGAUUCAAAUGGCGAAGGUUUAGACUGUAUUUGGUCUGCUUAUUGCACGGAAAUCAACAGCCGGGCAUCUCUGGAAGGAGUAACAGGAACAAUAGCAAAGAUGAACGCUGUAGUGUUGAAAAUGGCGACUGGCUGGCUGAGUCCAUCUACCGCUAUGAUCAAAUUGAUUCGCGCCCCUUUUGACUGGAAUGGAAUCGACUGCAAUAAAAUAUUCCCAAGUUGUAAAGCGGAUGAUGCCGUAAAUUACCUGGUCCGUCUAGCGACGACCACAUCUGGUUCCAACUAAAAUACGGAGGGAUACUAUAACGGUGGAGGUAUUUCGGUUCGCAUAAACACACCGGUCGAGUUCUGUUACGUUGUAAUGUUCGUUAACUUGUCGCGUGUGUACGGGUUGGUUGGUGUAUCAUAUCAUUCUAAUAAAUCCUGAUUAUUGAGUACGUUUGGGUCCACGUUCAGCGUCUUGUAACCGAGCGGAAUAAGGAAAGACGCGCGUUUUUACUACCGAUACUCAAACAACCUCGUGUAAACCACAAAAGAAAAUGGGCAAUUUGAAGGAUAUGUAGUGUGAAAAUGUUAAAAUGCAGCAGGAGAAGAAAAAGGAAAUUACCCACACUUUUCCGAUUCAACAGUUUAAUCGAUGCGGAUGCCGCAGUCAUCUGGAGAUCUCAACAAAAGGUAAAUGUACUUGGAAUACUUGGAAUUACAAAAAUUCCAUUUCCAAGAAACAGACGAAAACAUCCUUUCUGCAAUUAUUGGCCACUAGAUGCUGUUGACAUCAGUUUGUUUUGAAUUUUGCAAAGAACCGACUGCAUCCAGCUUCCGCAAGAAUAUCUUUAAGGGAGGAUAAUGUUUUAAGGAAGGAUAAUGUUGUAGUCAAAAACUUAUAAUUUUAGAAACAGAGCGCAUCUUUCAAAAUUGUGAAAUUCGAUUCCUUUUCGCCAAACGAUUGAUUUGUUUCUUACUUCCGGUUUAGAACUGAGUCUCUAGCAUGAUAACUAUUGAUCUAACGUAAGGGUCAUAGUGCUAUGCGACUUACGUCACCAGGUUACCAGUUCCCUCCGGGCCUCUGGUAGCGCCAGUACUUUCCCUACACAGUACACACUUUCCUUGAUUUGGUUACAUUUGUGAUUUUCACCAGCCCGGCCGUUGGUAUUAUUGCUAGUAAUUCUGAAAUCUGUGGAAAUGCCCAGAAAAUAGCCCUCUUCUUCUUAGUUAAUUGUAAAUAAACAAGUUUCUAAACAA